UUUCCCCAUGUAAAGGUGAGGUCCCCGUUUCUCCCGUUAGAUCCGAGGACUUCCUCCUCCUGGGGAGUCCGAUCACUCUUACUGACCGCAUCCUGCAUGCAAAGACUGGGGGUGGGCGAGUCUCCGGGACAAGAGUCACGGCUGAAAGCGGCCAUGCCGCGCGCAGCGUAUUAAAAUACCGCAGAGGAGACUUGAAACACCGGCUCUUCGCGUCAUCUGCUGUUAACGAAAACUUCCGAAGCGGCGAAGACGCUUAAAACUGCUUCAUAUCGUUCGUACUGGAUUACUAAUUAGGUGUCAAGACAAAAAGGAUAUGGUGCCGGCGGUUUCACCACGGAGGGAUCCCCAGGAGGAAAGCUUUUUAUUGCUUGAGGAUGAGAACAUUUUGCUCUUGAACCUUGAAUAAUCCAGUAAAGAAGGAGAGAGAAAACGGACAAACAGACAGUGCACUGGAUGAAGAACCUUUCCUGUCUAGUUAGGAUAGAGGAGCACAAAUGCCUCUGUAUUGCCGUCUUAUGCCAUGUUGACCCUGAGGGCAGGAAGAGGAGACCGAGGGGGAGUUGGGGAGGCAGUGACCUCUGGACCUCCUUCCUCAGUAGGCAGGCAUCUCAUCCAUGAUCCAGGAAUAAACAUAAAAAAGAAGAUUUCACAGUGGGAAGGUCGCAACCAGUUAGAAGGGGGGCAGUGUUGUACCAGCAAGGCGCAAUGGGUCCCAGUGUCCCGAACUCUCUCUGGGGACAUCCAUGGAAAUGAAGCAUGUUGCAAUAACAAGAGAUGUGAACCUUGGGCAAAGGCAUGCCUGGCCAAGGCCAAAAGUCUCGGGCUGGAUUUCAGGGAAGCCCAGGGAAGAGGUACAUGCAGAGUUAAUGGGAUGAUGGGUGAUGUAGCAGAUCCUAAUUCUGUUUCUCAAACAACGGUAUGCGAGUCUGUGGAUCCCAGCAACUCCACAAUGGCCAAGGACAGCAGAGACAUCAGAGGGCUUGCAAAUGUGAAACUGGCAGAUGAGGAUCAGUGUCAUUCUCCACCCUUGGGUUUAGAUGACCCUGGGCUGAUUAUUCCUCCAGGGAACUUCUAUAUAUCCCGGGGUUUCUGGUGUAAGUUGGAAGGGAGUGAUGUGCCUCAGAUCAGGAAGAGUCCACCACAGCCACCCAUCAUUGAAAUUGAGCGCAGAGACACACACCCAGCAACCCCACCACCAAAGCCUCAGCGUACUUUUCAGUACAAAGGGGCCAAGACUGUCCCUGGAAGGCCAAACCAAGCCGAAAAGUGGACUUCAUGUGCCAACCAAUCACAGCUUAGCUGUCAGGUCAGCUGGUGUCCCCCAAACUGCCCACAUCCCCCUCGUCCCAUCUUCUAUGGCAGCAGUAUAUCCAAGCACAAAAACAGGAAGUCUUUUGAGUUUGAAGAUGUCGUGCAGUUUACAGGACAGGGGACAGGGACAGACGAGCUUCAGCCAUCGGACAUAUACCAUGCUUUGUCCAAUGACAAUGUGUACGAGGACAUAAUACCAGAGAAUUCAUAUGAGGAUGUGAAGCUAUUUCCAAUGUGUCUGCCGACUGGCCGCCCAGCCCAGAGAGACAGCUCCCGGACUCCCCAGCUUCCUCCCAAACCCUCUGUCCUGCUGGCUUCCCCUGAAAAAAUGGAAAAGAGGAGCAGCCACAAGAAGGGGCCAGCAGGCAUGGCCACAGUCACGAUGUCCAGAACUGCUCCUAAACCGGCAGUGCCAAAGCACCGCUCAAAAACACAACCACUGUCCCAGUAUUUGAACAAGAUCCAGGAAAUCUUCAACAUCAAGAGGGGAAGGAAGAGAUUGAGGAGUCAGGGGAGGAAUGGAUUUGACGGCACAGUCAGGGAAGAAACUAGUGGGACAGAUAGUGAUGCUGAAGACGAAAGCACAGGCAGGCAACGGCGGUGUGUGCAUGUACAGUCCACGCUGCGCAGGAGCCCGCGGUACAGCACGCUGGAGCGAGACUUAAUCUGUCUACAGCAGCAGCAGCUCUUCCAGCUCUUUGCAGUUGUUUCACUGCGGAGGAGUUCCCCAGGGAACACAUACAGACCUGAGAUUACACAGCAGUUUCCCAAUAAGUUUGAGAAGUCAUCUCGUCAUUCUCGAGAAACUGAAGACAGGUUGAAGGCCAUUCCCAAAUUCUGCUUCCCCGACUCUCAGGACUGGCGGCCCUGCGGAGAGCUACCAAGUGAAACAUUUUCCUUUGUUCUGACUGGAGAAGAUGGAAGCCGAUGGUUUGGUUACUGUCGAAAGAUACUGCCCAGUGGGAAGGGAAAGCGGCUUCCUGAAGUCCACUGUAUCGUCAGCAGGUUAGGGUGCUUCAACCUGUUUGCUAAGGUUCUGGAGGAGGUAGAGCGGCGCAGGGAAAUCUCGCCAGCUCUUGUUCAGCCUUUUAUGCGCAGUGUUAUGGAAGCGCCCUUCCCUGCUCCUGGCCGCACCAUCACUGUCAAGAGCUUUCUCCCUGGUUCUGGGAAUGAGGUGCUGACGCUGUGUCGGCCUGUGGAUUCACGCCUGGAGCACGUGCACUUCCAGAGCCUGCUGCAGUGCCUCAGUGUGGCUCACCUCCUGCAGGUGUUUGCCUCCCUGCUGCUGGAAAGGAGGGUGAUCUUCAUCGCAGACAAACUCAGCACACUCUCACACUGUGCCCAUGCUGCCCUGGCGCUGUUAUACCCAUUCACCUGGCAGCACACGUUUGUGCCAGUGCUCCCUGCCAACAUGCUGGACAUUUGCUGCUCUCCCACACCCUUCCUGAUGGGGGUGCUGCUCUCUUCUCUGCCCCAGCUGUUGGACCUGCCCAUUGAGGAGGUAUUGAUCGUGGAUCUGUGUAUGGACAAGUUCGUCAGACAGUUGGGUGAUGAGGACUGCAUCCUGCCCAGCAAGCUGCAGGCUGCGCUGCACCACAUUCUGGAGCACAGGCAACAAAUCAUGGGGCAGGAAGAAGGCGUCAGUGGAUCAGAUGAAGAGCAGAGCCUGAACUCACUCAUAUCAGAAGCAUUUGUGCACUUCUUUGUGGAACUGGUGGGCCACUACAAAUCACACAUGAGCGAGGCUGCCGGUGGGGCGAGGGAACUGCAGCGUGAUGCUUUCCGCAAGUCGCACCCCUCACGGGGAGCCCGCCAGUUUCUGCAGCUCUUCAUGGAAACACAGAUGUUUGCUGGCUUCAUCCAGGACCGGGAACUGCGCAAGGGCGGUGUGAAGGGACUAUUUGAGCUGAGGGCUGUGGAACAUCUGAACUCAAACCCACCGCCUGAGCCCACUGGAGUGAACAAGUUCAUCAAGGGACUGGGGAAUAAGAUGAAGUUUUUGCAGAAGAAGUAGAUUGGUGAUUUGGUGAAGAGACUGACUGAACAGGCCUGCACUUCCAAUUCCCAGCAUGUGAUACAGUUUCUCAGGUGCAGCCUGAGCUCAGCCAGACCUGCCCUGUAUGACUCGCCCUGAGCUUAGGGGGAAGCUGUGACUGACACCUGCUGAUAUGAGAAAGGCAGGACUUUGCACAUACCCCUCAUAAAUCCAUUCAGCAUUGGUCCAGAUUUAAGUGAGCAGAAAGAAGAGGUGAAACAUGCUGGCAGGAUUUCUUUUCUAUGUCAUCUCAAAGUACAGAUAAACUGGUAUUUUUUUGUGUUGGGAGGAGCAUGUCCCUGUCUGCAAUGCAUGUAUUCUCAGGCUACAAACAGCGCUGAAAACGCAUUUGACUUUUAUUUUAUGUCACUCUUUAUGCCUUUAAGCUGCUAGCCUCAGUUAAAUUUUGCAACAUUGUCUUAAUAUGUACAUGCCUCAAAACUGAUAAAGCACAAACACUUUGUAAUAAAAAAAAAAUACAAUUGUAUCUGCAGGUUGGGAAGCACAGUGGCUCAGUGUUUUGAGGGCUUCAACCCCGUGGUCUGCGUCUGUGUAGCAUUUGCAUUUUCUCCCUGUCCACACAGAUUUCAUCUGAAUACUUCAGUUUUCUUAGGUAGUUCGAAGACAUGCAGUUAGGUUAGUCCAGUGGUCCUGAAGGUGGUCCUUGGACCAUUGGUGGUCUAUGAGCAUCUGCUUGGUCUGUAGGCUGACAUAGUCAUCUUUCGUAAAGCUGUUUAGGACAAAGGAAAGAAUAUAGUAUUUUACAGAAGUCUGAAUUAUUGUGGUCCAGCUCUUUUUUUUCCGCUGGUGCCAAUUUCUACAGUGUUUUACAUUCAUGCACCAAGCAUUAAAUGAUGUCACAUUUAGAACAAGGUGGUCAGUUUGCUACUCUGCAAUAGCCUGUGAUGUGAUCUAGUGGUUCUGCUGUUUGUUUUGAUGCAUGAGUGUGAUUCAACCGUUGCACUUAAUAUUGUUAAUACCAUUUUGUAAAUCCAUAUUAUAUUGUGAAUAAAGUUUUUGUUUAUAAUA